CAUUGACUCAAAACACAUCGAUCAAUAAAAUGCCUAGAAAGUCACUAGUUUGUACAUCAGAGUUGAAUUUACCGGUAUACUACCAUGAGGUAUUCUUCAUUUUUCUUACCUUAUAAUAGCCGAAUCACCUCCUCAAAUAGUCAUAUCUGCGUCCUGAUCCCUACAGUACUGAUAGAACAAUCAUUUUUGAGUGUUUUUUAAUAUUUAUUUCCAUGAGUUUUUUUUGGUAUCAUCGUAUCUAUUCGUGAAAAGAACACUUUAUAGGACUACAAAUCUGUAUAAGCUUUUCACAUUCAUUAAUUGGGAAUUUAAUCUACGUCCUAUGUCAUAUUCACUAUGUUAAUUCGCAUAACUGUGUGAAAUAUAUCCUAUAAACAGUAGGAAAAAUAUAAGUAAAUCUAUGAUAAAUUAGAAUGCACAACAAUUAUUAAAGGAGGUGUGCCAUAUUACGGACUGAUCAUCCCAAACAAAAUAAGCCCAAUUUUAUUGGCCCAAUAAUCAGCAUUGAACCCUGAGUAUUUUUCACAAGUAUAUUUUGUAUUUUAUCACAACUCAAUUUUUAGACCCCUGGGGUCCCCCUCAGGUUUCGAAAAAUAUUUUUUUGUACCGUUCCAUCAGAAGUCUUUCCAGUUCGAUAGCGAUACGUGUGCUGGUUAUGAAUAUCAUAUUAUGUUUCAAAAGUAUUCAGAUAAUAAGAAAGAUCUGAAGUACUCCCUGGAAGCUGUAAAAACUAGUUUUUGACCUGAAAGUUCAUCAAAGGCCAAAGUAAGCUAGUUGUAAAUAAGCUCAUUUGAUAGAGAGUUUCAUUUUCUAUCAGAAUCUAUGAGAACACCUUAGAUAUUCGAACUUUUUUCUAUUGAAAAAUGCCAAACACAAUCCAGAUUGGAUAACGUUCGUAUAAAUAAUGAUUUUUCGAGUCUUUCGGACUUAUAGUUUUUCCUGGUGCAUCAGGUUGAUGUUUUCACUGGAUAUGCAAUUUAAUGUGUUCUUUCUGAUGACAUCAUUUUCAGCAUGAAAUUCGAUGUCUUAAGAAUAGCUUUUGCUUUCACUAGUAUGCUUGACAGCCAAUUUGCUUCUUUUUUGACUAGCAUUUGACGGUUUUCGAGCAAUAAGUACUUUGUUUGACUUUAAAAAAAUGUUAUAUUUGAAAUCAGCACUAAAACCUGAGCAGAUUCAAAUACAUUAUAAGCUGUUUCUACGAUUUAUAUUUUUCCAUCAGUUUUUGCCCUGGUCCGCUUCAGGAAUGGGCGAAAAAAUGAACUUCAUGAAAACAACUAUUUAAUUUCCUAGAAAUCUCUGAUUCUCUCUAAAAAUAGCAUUUUACAAGUCCGGAAUUGCUUUUCUAUUACCGAAACCGUUUUUUCAUGAAGUUCAUUUUUCGUUCACCUCUGGGGGGAACAGGAGCCAAAAAUUGACGGAAAAAUAAAACUUGUAGAAGCAGCUUGAAAUGUAUAUGAAUCGACUCAUUUUUGUGCUGAUUUCAAAUAUGACAAUUUUUAAAAAUCAAAAGAAGUACCUUCUGCUCGAAAACCAUGAAAUACUAGUCAAAUUGGCCGUCAAUCGUAGCUAUGGAAGCAAAAGUGCUUCUUAAGACAUCGAAUUUCAAGUUGAAAAUGAUGUCAUCAGAAAGAGCACGUUGAAUUGUAUAUCCAGUGGAAAAAUCAAGCUGUUGUACUGGGAAAAACUAUAACUUCGAAAGACUGGGAAAAUCAUUAUUUAUGCGAACGUUAUCCAAUCUGGGCUGUGUUUGGCAUUUUUCAAUAGAAAAAAGUUCGAAUGUCUUAGGUGUUCUUAUAAAUUCUGAUAGAAAAUGAAAAUCUCUAUCAAAUGAGCUUAUUUACAACUAGCUUACUUUGGACUUUGAUGAACUUUCAGGUCAAAAACUGUUUUUUACAGCUUCCAGAGAGUACUUCAGAUCUCUCUUAUUAUCCGAGUACUUUUGAAAAAUAGUAUGAUAUUCAUAACCAGCACACAUAGCGCGAUCGAACUAGAAAGACUUCUGAUGGAACGGCCAAAAAGAAAUAUUUUUCAAAACCUGAGGGGUACCCAGGGGUCAAAAAAUUGAGUUGUGAUAAAACACAAAAUAAACUUGUGAAAAAUACUCAGGGUUCAAUGCUGAUUAUCGGGCUAAUAAAAUUAGGCUUAUCUGGUUUGGGAUGAUCAGCCCAUAACUUGGCACACCUCCUGUCCACCAUUUCUGUUGUUGUUACAGCUCCGACAUGCAGCAAAUGGUAUUGAUGUGGGCAUGAGUGUUCGUUGAAGGUAUCGGGGCGUUAGUGUUUCUUCCAGCACACCACAUAUUCAAAUCCAUAACAACACCCAAUGUUUAAAGAAACUUGUGCUGUGUUUUGUAUUUUGGGUACCAGCAUGAAUAUAGUCACCGCUAAUAUUACUUGUGCUUAAUGACAGGAGUACUCUUUCGAACUUGAAUCAUCCAAAAAGCAUUUCUUGAGGAUUCUGUCGCUAUUUUAAAUGCGAAUGAAUUGUUCCGCAGAAUGUUAGAGUUCUGAUUUGUGAUUGAUUGUAGGCAUAACAAUUACAACAACAAAAACAGCCACUGCUUGUGCAACAACAAAAAAACCAACAACAACAACAAAAAAACCAACAACAACAACAACAACAACAACAACAACAACAACAACAACAACAACAACUACUACUACUACUACGACAACAGAAACAACAACUACUACUACGACAACAGAAACAACAACUACAACUACAACAACAGAAACAACAACUACAACAACAGAAACAACAACUACAACAACAGAAACAACAACUACAACAACAGAAACAACAACUACAACAACAGAAACAACAACUACAACAACAGAAACAACUACCAGUAAGUAA